AUGUUCGUGAAGGCGGAGAGCCUGGAGCUGAAGGAGGAGGAGGCGCUGUUGCUCGGGGCCCGCUCCUCGCCCGCCUCCUCUUCGUCCUCUCUCACGCAGUUCUCCUCCGGCUCCGAGGGGGAGGACGACGAGGAAGAAGAGGCGUCCCGGCCGCCUCUCUCCCCGUCGGGGCAAAGAGGCGAGGGCGCCGCCGGAGAGGCAUCCGAGCAAGCGCGCCUGCGCCACCUCGGCCUCAGACGGCACGAAUGCAAGAGGCGGCCGGGCCGGGCGCGGAGCGGCUCUCGGGCCACCAAGACGGCGGAGACGGUGCAGCGGUUGAAGAAGAGCCGCCGUCUGAAGGCCAACAACCGCGAGCGGAACCGGAUGCACAACCUGAACGCGGCGCUGGACGCCCUGCGCGAGGUGCUGCCCACAUUCCCGGAGGACGCGAAGCUGACCAAGAUCGAGACGCUGCGCUUCGCCCACAACUACAUCUGGGCGCUCAGCGAGACGCUGCGCUUGGCCGAUCACUGCGGCGGCGGCGGCGCGGGGGCCGCGGCCGUCUUCUCCGAGGCCGUGCUGGGAAGCGCAGACUGCAGUCCGUCCCCCGCCUCCUCCUGGAGCUGUACCACCAGCCCGGCGCCCUCGGCCACCUCGUCCACCUACAGCUGUACUUUGUCGCCCUCCAGCCCCGGCAGCUCCGCCUCGGAGAUGGACUAUUGGCAGCCGGACAAGCCUCGCUACGCGCUGUCCAGGGAUUUGAUCUGACGCGCGACGGGCUCCCACCCCGUUCGUUCCCAGCGUAACGUAACAACCCAAACUCGGCC